UGAUUUUAGAGCAAAUGUUUAUUUUAUAUGAUAUGAUAUGAUAUAAAUGCCUAAUUGAUGAAUAUAACAUGAACGAGGUCAUUAUUAAUAAUGAGUUUAUGGAAAGUGAUUGGAGUAAGAAGACAGAAGAAUCUAAUCAUUCUCAAAUUUAUUACAACCUUAAACGUAGAUUGAAUCAUGUUAAACAUAAUGGUAACAUUUCUUUCACAAAUGUUGUUUCAAAUCCAAGAUGUAUGUCUUCAAAUUCUAAUAAUAUAAAUCCCUCAAAACCAAUAAAGAGGGGGAUAAAAAUGCUAUUCCCAAUCACUCAAUCUGAAAAUAACAACUCUAGCCUUAAUUCAUACAGCGAGUUUAAAAUCCCAGAAGAUGACAAAAUAUCUAUCAUAUCAUUAGGCUUAGAAACAAAUUUUACUAUUUCUAAAACUUACAUUAGAAAUCAUGUUUUUGUAUCCAUUAAAAUUUUGGACAGAUUUAACCAUACUGAACUAGAAUUUACUGAGUAUAUUCGCUUAUUUGACCUUAAAUCAUUCCUGAAAAGAACAAAAGGUAUCAAUUACACAUCUUCGGAAUAUAGAGAUUUAUACAAAUGUUUAUCUAUUAAAUUUUGCACUUGUACAUUAGAACAAUUAAUAUCAUUUAGACACUUAUAUGCACAGCUAAAUACCAAAAUUUUUAAUCAUCACAUGGAAGAAUUAAUAUCCUCUGAUAGUAGGAUAUUGAUAGCAACAAAUGAUGCUAAUAAAUUAUGUGAUUACUUGUUAAACUCCCACUAUAAGAACAAUUUAAAUGACAAUACCUAUGAUAGUCAUCCUAAUAAAAAUAUAAUGAAUAUUUUUAAUCAUAUUACAGAUCCCUUAUAUCAAUCUUAUGGCAGUACUAUACAUUUAUCAAAAACCUUAAAUACAAACACAAAUUUAUCCCACACCAAAAUAAAACAAACUCCGCUAAUAAUUAAACCUAAGAAACUGAAUACCACAAUGUCAUUUUACAAUAUUCCAACUAGCAAACAGCCAUUGAACCAGCAUAUUAAAUUUAGCAAAAAUAGUCAUGAGACCAUCAACCUGGCAUGUUAUAGGAGACCUCAUGACCAAAAGCCAUUUAUAAAUCUUCGAACACUUAAAGAACAAAUACUUCCUCACAUAAACAUGCAUUCUAUAAGAGAAGCCUGCAAAUUGAUGAAAUAUAAAAUGGUCACAUUUCAUAAUUUGAACCUGAUUGAUUCACCUGAUCUAAAAGAAUCUCCUGAUGAAUAUGUAACCCUUAGGCAAGCCAAAAAAAUAGCUAGACGCCUUGAUAAAUUUUAUCACAUCCAAUGUCAUAAAAAUAGCUCUGGUAAUAUAUCAAAGCAAUCCCCCAAAAUGAAACCAAGCUUUCCUCCCAAGGUUAUUAAUAAUGGUCUUUUAAUCAAUAACAUACUCACCAAACCAGAAACAUUAGCUAAACCCACUCACAAAGAUUGGCAACAUAAUAAUCUUUGUCUCAAAGCCAGGCGCAUAGCUUCCUUAUAUAAACGCCCUCAUCAAAAAUGUCGUUAUAAGCACCUUUUGCAUCCCAAGAAUGUAGAAAUAGAAAUGGAGCAAGACCUCACAGAAAACCUUGUGGAAUUAUCAUGCUUUGAUGAAGAUUUUGACUCAAAAAAUCUAGAUUUUAAUAAUGAAAUUUUUUCUCAAUUACAUGUAAGAAAACUCCCCGAACACACUGAUAAUAUCAAAUGUAAAGAAUGUUAUGUGACACUACAAAAAAGUACUCCAUUAACAGUCGUUUUUAAUGCGGAUAUCACAACUGGCGCGACUAUACAACAAGUUGGAUGGAUAUACCUGCAUUUAUACCUAACUCAGCACUCCCCGUGUGUCCUCUGUUCUUCUUGCUCUCGUCAUUUUUCCGUUUGCGAAUUCCUAAAUAAACACAUGUUCUCGCAUCAUUGCGAUCCUCAUAAUUUCUCUAUUCAUCGUGAUGAUAAUAAUAAUAAGAUUAUCUCUACCAAUUCCGAUCAGGCAACUAAAAAGUGGAUAGAGCUUGUUAAAACCAGAGAUUUUAAGGCGUGGAAGGAUUUUUUAAAUCGUAGGCUCUCUUUUCGGGAACCUUGUUACCUUCAUCAUUCUCCGGAUCACGUCUCUUAUGGACAUUCUCAUGAAAACCUUGGAAAAUAUAUUCUACUUAAUGACGCAAAUAACUUUGACGUAGCCUUUGUCGGUGAGAUAUCAACCAUUUGCGUUCAAAGUUUAGGAGCUAAGCCUUCUACGAAAACGGAUAGUUUAGGCAUCAUUAAUCCAUUCAAUAAGUAUUUGCCUCACGAGAUUAAGCGAUUUUUACGCAAUAAUAUACAUAUCAUAGACUUACCGUACUCUCCCAUGUGUCCAAGAUUAGGUUAUAAACGCAAGAAACCUUAUUUUGAUGUUAGAUCAAAUCGACAUAUAAAUGACAAAAAUGAGCGCUAUAAUAGGCUAAAAAACGUUAUUACUCGGUAUGGUCUUAUACCGUGUAUGAAAAGCCUGCCGCAUAAUAACUACCUUAUGUCCUCCCCCUUUUCUUGGCACCACCUAUCCAACCCCAAAGUUGAAUGUGUUCGAAAUCGAGCCUUAUAUCAUCCUAAACUUCCUUGCUCUUAAAUAAAAAUAAUGCGUAAACGAUACGUCUAUCUUUCAUUUUUUUACGGCCUCUACAUAUUAUAAUAUCUUAUUCGAUCAAUUUUAUAAAAUAUAUUUUCUUUAUAAUAAAUAUGUUUUUAAAAAAAAUUGAUAUUUAUAUAUAUUUUUAUAUUAACUGUAAAAUAGAUUUUAUUUUUGUCUAAAGAUUUUCUUUAUAAUAUUUAUUA